UGCCAAUGAACUACCGGUUAAAAUUGUAAAAAAACCGUCAUAUUUUGUUCGUCGGCAAAAUCGUCAAACACCAGCCAGCUCCAAAAGCUGUGUGUAAUCAUGGCGUCAGAGCGGUACAGCUUUUCGUUGACAACAUUCAGCCCUUCGGGCAAACUUGUCCAAAUUGAGUAUGCUCUGGCAGCAGUUGAAGCUGGAGCCCGUUCUGUUGGCAUCAAAGCUUCCAAUGGAGUCGUCAUUGCCACUGAGAAAGUGCCCAAAUCCAUCCUUGUUGACGAGCAUAGCGUUCACAGAGUUGAGGAAGUUUCCAAGCACAUUGGAAUGGUCUACAGUGGCAUGGGACCUGACUACCGUUUGCUGGUGAAAACUGCCCGCAAAAAGGCACAGCAGUAUUCGCUUGUUUACCAGGAAGAAAUCCCCACGGCCCAGCUAGUGCAGAGGGUAGCAUCCGUCAUGCAGGAGUACACGCAGUCUGGUGGGGUGCGACCAUUCGGAGUGUCUCUGCUCAUCUGCGGCUGGGACAACAACCGACCAUACCUUUUCCAGUGCGACCCUUCAGGAGCCUACUUUGCCUGGAAAGCCACUGCCAUGGGCAAAAAUUACAUCAACGGAAAGACUUUCCUGGAAAAGAGAUACAAUGAAGACUUGGAAUUGGAAGAUGCUGUUCACACAGCCAUUCUCACUCUGAAGGAAGGAUUUGAAGGUCAGAUCACCGCUGACAACAUUGAGGUGGGAAUUUGCGAUGCCUCUGGCUUCCGCAGGCUGGACCCUAACAGCGUUAAGGACUACCUGGCCAACAUCCCCUAAACGCUGGGGUUUUGUGAUGUAAAAGACUAUGCCUUCAUUAUAAAAUGUUUGUGUGCAACUCUUUCUAUGUUAGCGCUUGAAUUAUUUGAAAACUUUCAUCAACGUUAUAAGGAAUUUGGUUAAAUAAAGUCUCGACUCCCUUAA